AUGAACGUGCCGGAACUACCUGGUUUUACGUAUGAUCCAGUAAAGAAAAGAUACUUUAAAACACAAUCUCAUCAAAGAUCAAGCCAAGCCAAGCCGGAACUUCCAGCUGGACUAAAUAAAUCUGUGGCAAGACAAGAAUACCUCAAAUGCAUUGACGACCUAAUAAGGAAUAGAACUCCAGAAAAUAUCGAGUGGUUUGAAUUUCAAAAUAAGCAACCCCAGCUAACGACAUCGUAUUUUUUGCCAACUUUCAUCUCACAGCAAGGUACGGGUGAUAUUCAAAUUGGGAAGGUUGAUCGUUCAAUUAUUCUUAAUGAUUCAAACUUUAGACUAUUUGAGCUGUGUAUCGAUGCCUCCGAUGAUUCAUUUAAGGUUAAAUUCGAUAGGGACUCUUCUUCGCACGAAUCUGUGGUAUUUUUCAAAAUAACGGCAGAAGUAACGAUCAGCAUAAACAGAUUUAAUGACUUUAAUUUCAAUACAAGAUCAAUAAUAGCUGGCGGGAAGUUAAAACUUCCGGAAAUAAUAGAUAUUUCAUCAUACCAAAGUAAGCAAAAGACUUAUUUAACUUUUCUAUCCUCUCAAGGCUUUCAAUGGAUAUAUUACGACGGUAAUCAUCAACAAUCUUCAACAGAGUGGAGAAUACAAAAAAAGUAUGGCGAUGCAAUAUGUUGUCUGAUGAUUAAUACACAAACGAUACUUGUUGGAUUCAGGAACGGUACUAUACUUAGAGUUGAAACUGAUCCAAAAAGUAAGAGUUCAAAAGUCGAAAAGUUUCUAAAACUUGAUGGUCCAAUUAUCUCUAUCAAUAAUAUCGAAGGUAUAGAUAGAAAGACAGAUUUACUUGUUUCAGUAGGGAAGCACCCAUUCCAGCAAAUAUUACGGAUAAACCACGAAAGAUUAAUAAUUUCUGAGUUCCAAAGCAGGUUUUCAAACUUGUCCAAGAAUAAAGAAUUAUUAAAGACUGUAAAAAUUGAAGAUCUUCAUUGCGUCAUUUACGGUAAACGAUUGGAAUCUGAAUUUGACGUAUUCUUAUUGAAUUCCACAAAUUUUAAAUUUCCUGCCAACCUUAAUUGGGACUGGCCUCUCAAAAAAGAUGGUAUACUAGAUAUCUUAGUCACAAACAAUGAUGAAUACGUCCUAUUCCCUUUGGAAAGUGAUACUAUCAGGAAACGGUCCAUCGCAAAUGUCAAGUUUCAUCCUUACCACAACUAUAGACUCAACUCAAUUAAGAUUUUCAUACUCUCAAGAGAUGAGAAUUAUUCCCUUACUCUAUCCGAAUAUAUACUAUAG